GAGUGAAUUGUUUUGAAAGUAGUGCGGCUGUUGGAAGAUUCUCGGAAUAGUUUCAGGUAUAUGUCAUCAUCGACUAACUUACCUGUUCAUUAUAAAUUGAUUAGAUGUAGUUAGUUAGUUUCCGUACAACGGCUUGAAUGACCCUUAGAUUUUUCCUGACCUAACUCCAACUAGAUUUAACAAUGAGUGGUGAAAAACUGAGAGCCGGUAAGACGGGCAUCGGCUAUGUUGUCGAGCAAAAAAUGGAACAAAAUUAUGACCGUGAAGAAAAAGCCGGUACCCCAGCAGCCGUCAUUCAAUGGCUUAAUGCAAUUUGUGAAGGGGAGCAUGACCCAAUUCCACAAGAUCAAGCUGAGCAGCCAAACUGGAAAACUUUCAAUUUACACAUAAAAGACGGCGUUAUGUUAUGCAAAUUGAUAAACAAGCUGUUAAAGGCUGCAGGCAAAAGCCCAAUCCAGUUCCAAAAGAAGGUUAUGUCUCCCUUUGUCGCCAUGACAAAUAUCGAGAACUUUAACAAAGGAUGUAUCGACUACGGUUUAGCCAAAGAGUUUACCUUCCAAUCAGGCGACUUGUGGGAAGUUUCAAAAGCCGGUUUUUUCAAUGUUUUGAACUGUCUGCACAGUUUAGGGUUUGUUGCAAAUGCAAAGGGAGCCGAGCCUAAAUACACAGGGGAAAUAUCAAAGAUAGUUGAUAGAGAAUAGACUGGUCCGAUGUCUUUGCUGAGAGAUAAUGCCAUAUUUACGUUCUGUCCUUACAACACAUUUUAUGUGAUAAUUUCUGCUAAACAGUGUACGUCCUUUUUAAUAAUCUGGAAGCAGAACAUUUAUUGAUACAAUGGAAAGUCAUGUGCAAAGCGGACAACAUCAAGCACUAAUCAUUUCAUUGUUAGAUUUUUACUUGUAUUAUACCUAAAUAUUAAUUCGGAUACUUUGCUUACUCUUAACUUAUUAUUCAAAUACCUUUUAAUGUUUACUUGUUUUGUAUUAUCAAAAAAUAUGUUGCUUUUACAAAAUAAAAUAUCACUUUUGUUCAA